CGCACCAUGUCGUCCGACGACUCCUACAUGGCGUUUUUGAACAAGGCCAACGCUGACCUCAACGAAUCCAAAAACGCCCCGCAGACGAGCAGCACCUCCUCGGGCGCCGCUGCCCGCACCGAGACCGUUCACGCCGGCGUCCGCGUCCCCGCGCCGCUCACCUCCGUCGAUGCCUUCUACAUCUCCGAAACCGACGAGCCGUUCGAGCCGGUCACGCUUCAAUGGGAGGGCGCGAAUCGGGGCGUCUGGCCUGAUGCUGCACACCUCUCCAGACUCAUCUCCUCUACCGACGACCUCGCCUCGCGCAUCGAAACCCUCUCCGCAGCCUCCUUCGACCCUAAGAAUCAGUACGCGGCGGCCCUGCGCGCGGUGCGGGCGGCCGCUAGCCAGGCGUCGGGCGGCGGGGAGCCCGGCGUCGAGGAGGCGGAUGUUGAUGUCAAAGUCUAUCGGGUGGAGGUGGGGAGCUCGCGUGUGGAGUAUUAUGUGUUGGCGUUGGAUGUUGAAGGAGGGUUGUUGGUGGGGUUGAGGGCUAAGGCGGUUGAGUCUUAAGUUUUCUUGUCUUGUGUUUUAUGAUGAGAUGAAUUAAUACUUUUUACUGAUUACUUUCUUCUUGUGGUGGGUCGGUUGAAUUUUGAACAUUUUGCGGGUGAUUUUGCUUGGGUGGAGUUCAGCUGGGUGAUGUACUGAUGGGGAACUUAAUCAAUGUAUAUCUCCAGCGGACCACUCGACGAAUAGCCUAUACACACCUAUAACCGAGACGCUAGUGAGGUGAGUCAACACCAUAUCAAUCGCAUGGCAUGA